AUGAUGGCAUGUGUGACGGUCUCCUCGUCGGCAGAGAAGAGGUUCCACCGUUCCCUGUCGACCCCAGACCUUAUCUCUUCCACUUCUUCUGCAAGUAAGAGGUCUCUCAUCCUUGAUCCGACCCCAUUACAACCCUUGGAUAUGGAGCUGUUAUCUCGGCGUCAAUCCUCUCUCAAUUCUUCUACUGAAAACGCCGUCACCUUCUCUCCAGAAGAGAGGCCACACUCGCGUUCCAAUGAACUUACAGUCCCCAUUCAAGAGACCCAGAACGGGUCCAUUAUCUCAUUCGGGAAUGUGGAAUUGAUGCGUUCCAACUCGGAGAUGAAUGUAGAGACUUACAUUGAUGAAAAUGGUCACAAGGUCAGCGUGCACAGUACUCCACCAGAAGACUUUCGACAAACUUUGCUGAAUGUUGGAAGGACGCUACAGAAAACACACAGUCAUCUAAAAAGGACCAGACUAUUACACAUGUUCUAUUUCCUGGCUUUGCCUGUUUAUACGGUUAUUGGGGCCGUCAUCUUCCAUGUAAGUAUUUUGGGUUUAACAUAUUUUAUAUUGUAUGUAUUAUAAUUUCAGGCACUUGAGAGUGGGCAUGACGAGAGGGUGGCCGAGCAUUACAAGGUCCGCUGUCUCACAAAUAGAUCUCAAAAGUUAUUACAAUUAGAAGAGCUUUGUGUUGCCUCAGGCGCAAAUUGUUACAACCAUUUUAAAGAGCUCCUGAACUCCGUGGAUCGAUGUUACAGAGAAUGGCAGCCAGACAAUCAAACAGUCAUGCAUCCCAUGUCUGACUUUACUAAUGCCAUUGUUUAUGCUUUCAGGCAAGUCAAGAUUGUAAACGUAGUUAAAUUACAUAUUAUAUAAAUGACGUCAAUUUCAUAAUUCAUUCAUUCGUUUGCAGUGUUUACACGUCGAUUGGCUAUGGCACGGUCUCAGCUAGCACGGUCCCGGCUCGGGUGGCUACUGUGAUCUAUGCGGCACUCGGAAUUCCACUGUUUUUUGCAUUUGUGAAAGAAGAGGGCAAUCAAUGCAGGAUCUGGUUCAUCCGGGUCUACAAUUAUCUCAAACGUUGGAAACGCCGUCAGCGGAGGAAAUGUUGUUGGGGUGCGUUGAAUAUUUAUUAGGGCACAAUUCAUGGCCUUCAGAUAUUUAUAAUCGUUCUAAAGUUUGUAUUUUAGUCCUGAAAGGAGAUGAAAAGAAGAUGAAUGAUGAAGCGAUGACAUUACGGGACUGUGAUCAUGACAAUCCCGAAAACGGGAAGCCCUUCUUCGCCCAGACCAUGUCCAUGUUCGGUAAAUAUUUAUUGUUUAGUCUUACCAGCUCAUUAAGAUUCGAUUCUUAUAGAUAAUCAUUCUUGUCCGAAUCCAUGCAGUUUUCCUUAGCAAAGGAAUUAAAUUUAUGAUACUCUCGGGAAAACUUCACUUCCGUCUUCGAUUUUUAUUCCAGCCUUUUAUUUUGAAAUCGUAUUUUCAGACACCCAGUAUAUUACAUGUUCCGACCAACGUCGCGUGUUCGUGGCCAGUGUCCUAGUGUUUGUAAUAUAUCUCCUUUUGGCUAGCUAUAUCUACUCAGUCAUGGCUCAAUGGGAUUACUUUACUUCUUUUUACUUCACUUUUAGCAGUGUCGCCUUGAUCGGUGAGUAAUUAUUAUAAUUAAAACUGUACCUAACACCUUUUCAAUCAUACUGUCCCUCAUUUACAGGAUUUGGUGAUGUUUAUCCGAGUGAUCCGCGAAUAAUUCUGGCCAAUAUGGUGUUCAUUGUGAUCGGGGUGGUGCUGUUUAGUAUGUGUUACUUCAUUCUCCAAGAGGAGAUCAGAGUGAAGGCCUUUGAGGCCUCUAGAAGAGCCAGGAUGAGUAUCUCCAAGUACUCCCAUUCUCUGAUGUUACACAAACCCCCAUGGUCAAGGAGAAAUUCCCCUGCCUUUGAUCAGAACUCAUCAAACUCCUCAUCAAAGAAGUUUCAACAGAAUAGAAAGAGACGGCAGAGUGCUCCGGCCAUCACAGUGCAGAUGGAUCGAUGA